AAACGAAUCUGAGAAUUAAAUCUCAUUAAUGUAUAUCCCCACUAUGAACGAACUCCCAUCCGUCUCAUAUAAACAGAUGUAAUCAGUUUAAACGAAUUGUGUGGUAUUUGUAUGAACAAGACACUUAUUAUUUAUUAAUAAAUUUGUUUUAUUGUUAUUUUCAAGAUGUGCUGUGUUAAAUUGUUGUUGUGUGUUUUUAUCAUUGUUGUGUGCAAUUAUGGAUAUAGUGUACAAGCAAACAAUUGUGUACCUGGUUCCUUGGAAACUUAUAGUUGUAGGACUUGUUAUUGCACUAAAGCACAAAAGUGGAUAUGUAGGUCAUCAAAUGACCCGGAAUGUCGGGUAUUUACCCAAAAGGAAAACAAGAGAAAAACAAGAGAUGCUUUACCAAUUAAAGAUCUAAAGAAUACCCCCUGUGCACCGACCGAUUCUUUUGUACUCGAGUGUAACACAUGCUACUGCAAUGGACAAGGAACCGGAUAUUUAUGCACGGAAAAGAUUUGCCCCGUCAUCGAUCAAACGUCAACUGUUGUAGCCAAUACGUCAUCUCCUGGUGACAACACGACGCAUUCAGUUGCGACCACACCAUCGGUAACAUCCUCGACCGCAGCAUCAAUAACAUUUUCGACUACACCAUUGACUGCAUCGUCUACCACAGUUUCAACCACACCCUCUACCACUGUAACAAACGUUACGGGGGAAGUUCAAAGUAGUAGUGACCGGCCUAGCGAAUAGUGACAUUAUAAGAGACUGUUUCAGGGAAAUGAUCGCAUUUUUUACCUCACCUAAACGUUAUAUCAGCAUUAUUACUUUACUAGAACGUUUUAAGAUUUAAUACUACGUAAUUUUAAUUUCGACAAUAAGUUAUUGCACUUUGAUUUCAGCUUAUCUUGGUAUGCCUAUACGAGUUUUUUUUUAAUGAGAUAUCUAUUUAUUAGUGUUUCAUUUUAGGUUAGUUAUGUUAUUUAUUAAGAAUGACGAUUUGUAAGGUGUUUUUUUUUGUAAUACUGUAAUUCUUAAUCAAAAGACAAAAUGCAAUGGAUAAUUUUACGAAAUAAAAAUGUUAGUUUAAAGCAA